CCUCCUCAUGGCUCCCAGCGUAACUCACAAUUUUUCCAUCCGGCAUAUUUUGGAGCUGGAGGGAUGCGAGUUGCCACUGCACCGGCCCUGGACAGAAGUUCAACUCUCACCAAAAUGCUGCCAACCUGCUCAUCAUCAUCAGAGCUCACACAGGCCCGGCUGGAGUGUGGGUCGCAGGCCUAGAACCUCCUUCACUUGCAGUCAGGUAAAUGUUCUAGAAACAGUCUUCCGCGUCAACUGUUACCCGGGAAUCCAACUCAGAGAGCAGCUGGCAGAGAGACUGGAGCUGGAGGAGGACAGAGUACAGAUCUGGUUCCAGAACCGUCGUGCCAAACACAGACGCUCUCUCAGAGAGGCUCGACUCCAACUUCUGCAGUCAACGGUGUCUGGUGGUCCACGUGGGGUCAAGGGUCAAGUCACAGCAGACGCUAGCGAGGAAGAAGAGCAGAGACUCUCCUCACAUCUCCAUCACAAGGAUGAUGAAAGCUGAGCUUGUUCAGUUGUAAAUCUGUAUUUAUUCUGUUCCUAAUGUUGGUUCCUCAUGUCACCGGAGGCGUCUAGGGUUCCAACCCCGGGAUGUGAGGCCUUGAGCAUGGUCUUCUGAGCACCAUACUGACAGAUGUUGUUUACACAUUCACUUGUGUUGUUUAAAUGAUCAUGAUCAUUGGUGACUCACUUCACUUUCGACGGACAGCUGUGACUCCGCCCACACGCCU